AUGAGCGUGAUAACUCGAGAUCUGGAUGGCAAGCUAAGGAUCUACACAAAGGGCGCAGACGCCAUCAUUUUUGCGAGACUGGCUGAAGGGCAGUCACCCGAUGUCACUGAGCAGCAUCUUCAUGAAUUCGCAGUGGAAGGAUUGCGCACUCUUUGUCUUGCCUAUGCAGAUCUUGAUGACGAUUGGUUUCAAGAUUGGCAUCGAAGAUAUCGGCACGCGAAUUCCGAGUUAAUCGAUCGUGAAGAAAAAGUUGCUGCAGUUGUUGACGAAAUCGAACGUGAUCUUACCUUGCUGGGUGCGACUGCUAUCGAAGACAAACUCCAAGAUGGUGUUCCAGAGACUUUAAAGAAGCUGGAACAAGCCAGCAUCAAGGUAUGGGUACUAACCGGGGACAAACAAGAGACAGCCAUUAAUAUUGGGUUGUCAUGCGGCGCCAUUGACGAAGGCAUGGAUGUCGUGAUCAUCAAUGAGGACAAUCUCGAAGAUACAGCUGCGCAGCUUGACCGGGCACUUGGCAGGUGGAGCGCCAUGCGUACAGAUCCAGCAAUGGAACGAAAGCUUGGCCUGGUCAUUGACGGACAAACAUUGCAUUACGCUCUCGAAGAGGAACUCCAGAAACGGUUUAUGGUAGUGACAAACAUGGCUCGAUCAGUCAUCGCUUGCCGUGUGAGUCCGAAGCAAAAGACUGAGAUUGUCGAGCUGGUCCGCCGGCUUGACAAGGACAAAGUUACUUUGGCUAUUGGAGACGGCGCUAAUGAUGUCGGUAUGAUUCAAGCGGCCCAUGUGGGGGUGGGAAUUGUGGGCUUGGAAGGGCAAGAGGCCAAACUGGCCUCAGACUACUCUAUUGGUCAGUUUCGUUUCUUGGGGCGUCUAAUGCUAGUCCAUGGCAGAUGGAGCUACAAACGGCUCUCAAAAAUGGUCUUGUUCACAAUAUACCGAAAUGCGGCGCUGACUCUUUGUGAGAUCUAUUGGGCAUCCUUUUCAGCAUUUUCAGGUCAGCCUCUCUUGGAUCCCUGGAUGGGGGGUCUUUACAAUUUGCUUUUGGCAUCGCUUCCUCCCAUUGUCCUCGGUAUAUUCGAUCAGGAAUUGACUGCCGAAUAUGCGCUUGCUUUCCCUGAAAUCUAUUCAAAGGGGCAAAGAAACACGGCGUACAACUUUCGCGUCUUUUUGAGCUGGAUUCUCUCAGCAAUAUGGCAAUCAGCUGUAGUGUUCUUUGUUUGCUUCUGGGGCUUUGGUGACAUUCCGCAGGCCGGUGGGCAGAUGCUGGGAAUGUGGGCAUUCGGCACAGUCGUAUUCUCGGUAGUGAUUUUCACUGUACAUGUCAUGCUACUUGUGUACCAGAGUUCCUGGACAAAGCUUUCAGCGUCCUUGUUCUUUGUCUCAUUUUUUUCAUGGUUUGUAGUGGGAUCUCUCUUCUCGCUGAGACCGGUCGCUUUGACUAGCAGGCUCUCUCCUCCACUCUAUGCAGUGGUUCAUCGGGUAUUUGCGGACCCAAAGUUCUGGCUUGUCUCACUGUUAUGUCCGGUACUUUGCGUCAGUCCUGCUCUACUAUGGAAAUAUAGCAAACGGCGCCGCCGUCCGAACAUGAAAAUGCUCGUCCAGGAACUCAUUCGGUCCGGCAAGACAAGAGAACAGAUUACUGGAGAGUCUCCCAUGCCAAUGGCGAGAACACCAAGCUACGAUCCGAGUAGACGUGGAACUCCAGCGGCUGCACCGGUUACUUUCGUUGUUGGGGGUGAAAGGGAAUAUUUAUUCUCCGGUUUCAAUUUUGAUGUUGGUCAUAAUGGCGCAAUGUUACGACAUGCAUUCCAUUCCUCAUGGGGUGCGCGGAGGAAACGAAUGCGUGUUCUCAAGCGCGCUGGCAGUGACACAGAACUGGAUGUAGAAGGAGUGAAGACAGCGGAAGCGGAGAGUCCGGAGUCAUCUACGCAAAUGACCCACAAAUGGGUGAACAAUGGUGGAGCACGCAAUAAUGGCGAAGACCAACCCAUUCCUGACCGGCGCCGCCCAUCAAGACGACCGGGCCAACAAGGCCCUCUGGCUAGUGAAGGCAGAGACGACCCAGAGUGGGAAGACCGUGUGGCUGAUACUGGACGCCCCCAGAAUGCAACUCAUAGACGUGCAAUUAGCGAUGGCGCCGUUUUGGUCGAAGCUCAGUUCGACAGGUUGGACCGGAGGCAGCAUAGUGGGGUUGGGUAUGAUAACGACGACACUUCUGAUGAGGAUGUGAUCAGACGGGACAUGUAACUGAACAAGAAGAUGAGCAGUGCCGUUCGUGUGGAUACCAAUGGCGACAAGACUAAGUAGUUGUAGAGUGAAGCGGCUCCUGUUGGAUAAAGUUUCUGAACGUGGACGACUGCCUUUCAUCGCACGGACUUUCUGACAAAGUUUCUUGAAGGUUCAUGUUUUGUGCUGGGUGAACGUCUUUGUA